UGGGCUUUUCUGAGUCACCUGCCGGUGGUGGAGGUCAGGAUGAGUGUGAAGGGCUGGUGGGAGGGUUGUGAGGAGCAAACCGAGCGCGUGGUCCCUGCUAACGUCACCAACAUCAGAGACGAGUCCAGCUGGCUGCCGCUGCACGCUGACCAGGAGUACGUGCUCCAGGUGUCCCUGCGCCGCCUCAACGCCGGCCAGCAGAGAAGGAAGCAGGACAGCAAGGCACAGGCGCCACACUUCGCCAAACCCAAAGACGAAGGCUGGUUUCUUGUUCUCGGGGAGGUGGAGAAGAAAGAACUGCUGGCUAUCAAACGUGUGGGAUUUAUACGCAACCACAGCAGCGUGUCCGUGGCCUUCUACACGCCUGAGAAGACGGGGAAGUGUAUCUACACGCUGUACCUGAUGAGCGACAGCUACCUCGGCCUGGAUCAGCAGUACGACAUCCACCUGAACAUCAUCCCAGCCAGCAUUGCUGCGCAAGUCAACAGUGAGAUAUCAGAUAACGCUGGCAAAAAAGCCCCGAAGUGACCUCGCGCAACUAAACCAAAGUUUCCCUCUUGGCUUGAGAUGUGAAUUUGAUGGACAGCUCUUCGGUUCUCUUCGUGAAACUACACUGAAUGGGUGCCAACUUUUUGCUUUUUUUUCUGGUUCAAUUCAACAUUUUGAUGGUUAGAACAUCUGGGCCCAAACAGUCAUAGAUUUGAUAUCUAACACUUUCGAAUGAGAGAUCAGAUGGUUGUAAUUGAUUCAAGAGGAACCUUCUGAGAAUCAGCCUCAUCUGUUUCUCAGACGGUCACUCUUCCUGCCUUAUUACUCUUUUUACUCUUAUUUUGUGCUGCUGCUGCUUCUUUUUUUUGUACACUCUGCAUUACGGGCGAAGGUUAUGUUUGUCUAAUUAAAAUAUAAACAUAAAAAGAUUGUUUUUGCUUCUGAAUUAUGGAAAUAUUCAGUACGAAAAUCAAUUUGGUUAAAUA